AGGGAACCGAAUCUCAGCCACCAACUGCAUAUAACCGCUUCCACCUCACACUGCUAUCCCCAGAUACAUAGAAAUGGCUUCUCAAGUUGCUACACCGACUCCGACUGGUGCUACUGGAAACCGUGGGCGCAGAGGCAACAGAGGUCGCGGACGCGGUGGUCGUCAAACCGGACCUAAACAUACUGAUACAAACUCAGUAUCAGAGCCGAAGGAAUCCCCCUCUCCUACGGGGGAGAAGAAGGAAGAAACGAAAGCAGAAAUAUCAACCACCGAUGCGGAUGAAGUUGACAUAUGUUGGAUCUGCGCAGAGCCUGUCAAGUACUACUCCGUAUCUCAAUGCAAUCAUCGUACUUGCCAUGUCUGUGGGCUGAGGCUCCGGGCUUUGUACAAAAAGUUAGAAUGUACAUUCUGCAAGGAACCACAACCUUCUGCCAUCUUCACCACUUCGCCCGAUGCACCCUGGUCUUCGUUCACGCCAGAAAUGCUUCCCUACAAGGAUGCUAAGUUGGCAAUAUCUUUUGAAACUCAGGAGAUGAUGGAGGAUAGUCUUAUUCUUUUACGGUUCAAUUGUCCGGAGUCUUCUUGUGACUAUAUCGCCAAUGGCUGGAGUGAUCUGAAGCUGCAUACCCGUGCUACACAUGGCAAGCUCAUGUGUGAUCUAUGUAUACGUCACAAGAAGAUUUUUGCGCACGAGCACGCAUUAUAUCAACCAAGCCAAUUGGCCUGGCAUCUUCCCUCCAUACAGAAAUCUCAUAGAUCAGCCCCUCCUAAAGAACAAAUAGAAGGAGGUGUACAUCCAUUGUGCGAGUUUUGUCGCGACUGUUUCUUCGGUGAUGACGAGCUAUACUCUCAUAUGCGAGAAAACCACGAAGAAUGUUUCAUAUGCAAACGGAACGAAGUGAAAGAUAAAUACUUUAGAAACUACGAUGCCUUGGAGAAUCAUUUCACACAAGCCCAUUAUGCGUGUCAACAACCCUCAUGUUUGGUGCGCAAAUUCGUAGUCUUCGGGUCUUCGAUGGAUCUCAAAGCGCAUAUGGUCGAGGAACAUGGCGCAGAUAUGACCGCGAAGGAUAAGAAGGAUGCCCGUCGAAUACAAGCUGAAUUCGAAUUUGAAGAAGUAGGUGGCCCAGGAAGACGAGGACGACGAGAUAGAGGCGAUCGAGAACGGGAAAGAGAACCUCCUCCGCAACCUGUGCCUUCUCGACCAGCGAAUGCAGGUGCCCGGCGUCGAGAAGCGUUUAGCGGCAAUUUAACCGUAGAUACUACCCCUAUCAGCACCAGCCGUCAGCAAAGUCGACAAGGUUCGCCUUCACCGUCAGCCAGCAAUGUUAACCCUGCUAUCCUCGAGCGACAUACCGCUUUCCUUGCACGUGUCAGCUCUUUAGCCCCCAAUCCGAAUGGCGCUGUUCCCGCAAUGAAAGCUGCCGUUCGGUCAUACCGUGCCAAUGAGUCUGCAGCCCGUGAUCUGAUUUUGACCAUAUGGAACAUUUUAGAUCACAACCUUGAAGAUACUGCGAGCCUCGUAAACGCUUUAGUCGAUUUGCUGGAUGACGAAGAAAAGAAAAAUGAUCUUCUUAAAGCCUGGAACGGCUUCAAGGUCGAGGUAUGCGUCGCAAAGCUAGUGUUUAUGCAUGUCAUCCGAUAUUCAAUAUUUAUAGCGACGAAACGAGUUCCCUUCACUCACACCGGUGUCUACCGGCUCUGAGUGGGCUGGUAUAGCUGCCGGUCGUGUCUUGAAUGCCAAACAAACUGCAUCAUCGCGAUCAGCUUCUCAGUCAGCUCGACAAGUUCUUGAUCGCGUCGCACGCGCAGCUACCUCAUCUUCCACAGUGACGCCUGCUCGUCCAGCCGAUCGAUUUCCUCCUCUGCGGGCCUCGAGUUCUUCAAGCCCAGCACCGGGAGUUCAUGCACACGUACAACGCAGCACACCAUGGGCGUCUUCUUCGGCUACCGCUAGUUCUGCACGAACAGUCGUUCGAGGGCCGACAUCUGUACCAGGGCCUGGUGCACGAAGCAAACCGACACCAUCACCUGCUCUAUCGAAAUCCGCGUUCCCAGAACUUCCUACGGCGUCGGCGCCAAGGGUUCCUAGAACUGCAAUAGGUGGUAACAUAUCUUUGAGGAGGAUGAUGGGAGAUGCAACACCUCCGCAGCCCGUUUGGGGUUCAGGAAAGAGUUCUACGCCUGGCAGCGGAACGAACACACCUGCUGAGCCAGCUCAAGAAGCUGAGGCAUCUGUAGACACUUCGACGGCGGGAGGGGGAAAGGGCAAGAAAGGGAAGGGAAAACAGAAGCAGACAUUGUUUACUCUUGGAUCGUUCCCUACCUAAGCAAGUCAAAUAUAAGCAGUGAUCUGUUGGAUAGAGCCUUGAUACAUUUUCGUUACGAAGCUCGCGUGUUGUUUCUUAACAUUUCCCGGCGAGUACUCCCUUCUAUCAGGCUUCAGACAUAGGCUGUAAGGCUGCGACCAUGGCAUUAGCUUGUCACAACGUAAGAGUACCCGCACUGGGAGCCUAGGGUGACUUUAUUCCAGGACUAUGGUAAUGGAUAAUCAAAGAUUACAGGAUCAAGUAUAUGUUACAAUAUGUAUUGCUUAGAGAAACUAUUGAUGUGGUACGAAGUCUGU